AUGCUAACAAAACUAAGCUCCAGAGGAAAGACAGCAUACCACUCCAUGACACUACCUCCACUACCUCUUUCUGAAACCGAGGCAACCGAGGCAACCGAAUCUGAAGGAGAUUUCAUUCUGUUCACCAAAUUUCCCAAGGAGAUCCAGAUCAUCAUUUGGGAAAUCGUGAUCGCCGAUUCCCGUCUCAUCAUCCAAAUCAUGGAACGCGCAGGGCAGCACUGGCUUACUGGAAAAUGCAUUUUCCGCAAGCAUUCCUGGCGGAAGAAAUUUUUCACCAUUCACAAUCAUCCUCCUGUCCUUCAAGUCUGCUCGUUAUCACGCGAACUUGCUAAAACCACAUGGGAAACCGGUAACGUCAGUAGACAGACACUACUAGACACCUUAGAAUAUCGCGCAAUUCGCCAAGAGAUCCUCGAAGUCUGCUUUGUAGAUGGCGCUUUAAAUCCAGAUCGAAGUCCUGUUUAUGCCAUAUAUGGAGCAAGUUCUCCAGAUUCUACUCUCCUAGCCAAUGCCUUCACUUUCGUCAAACAGUGCGGUAUUAAAUCCAUUGCGCUGGAUCUGGACAAGUGGUCGACAGUCGAGUCAGAACAUGACUGGGGCAGUCGGAUAUGUGAGUUCUUUUACUUUCGGGAGAUGCUCACCCUUGAAAAAGUCAUCCUCUACUAUUCAGACUCAGACAUGUGUCCCGAAAGACUUGCAUUGUGCAAAUUCAUGACCGACGCUUUCGUCUCUCGGUCCAAAAGUCAUUUAUCCAUUAUUCGAGACGAUGCAAUCAGAGAGUCGAUACAGACGGAGGAGAAAUUUGCGGACUGCACUGUUGAGGAGUGGAAGCUACCGAAAUUCGAAUUUGUACUCAAGAGUGAGUGGAGACAGUGGUCUGGAGUCUGGGCUGAUAUGCGUGGCAAUUGUCUUCACAAAGUUCCGUACGCAAGGCGGGUGAGGUACCAGAUUCCCAGCUAUCGAUGCGAAUGGGAUUAUGCGAAAUGGCUGUUGGAAGAAUUUCUGCAUUGGUCAUGA